UCCUCCUUGCCCGCGGAAGUGACGGCGCAGAGGGGCCGCCAUGAAGCCGGCGGUGGACGAGAUGUUUCCCGAGGGAGCCGGGCCGUACGUGGAUCUGGACGAGGCAGGGGGAAGCACGGGGCUGCUGAUGGACCUGGCCGCCAACGAGAAAGCUGUGCACGCCGACUUCUUCAAUGAUUUUGAAGAUCUCUUCGAUGAUGAUGACAUCCAGUGAACUUGGUUGUCCAGCUAUGCAGUGCUGAGAUGUGGAUUUUUCUCUAGGAUCACCUGUGGUGUCCAUUAUUUAUUAAAGUAAUCGAAAUGGGAAAAUCACAAGCCGGGGGGGGAAACCUGUAUAAGCUGCUCGGGGAAUAUGAAAACCAGAUGGUUAAAGAUAACUAAGGAGGGAACUGUGGAAUGUUAUUUCUAGGAAGCUGUGCGUAGAUUUCUGUGGAAAUUUUAUUUGCUGAUGUGCUUAUUGAAUAAAAUACUAAAAAAACCUCUCCACUCUGGGUUAUACUUUUAAAGUAGAUAUUGCUGUGUUCUGAGCUCCCUUAGAGAAUGAUUUUUUAAUUUUAUUUUUUAAAUAAUUCACUGUUACUUUUGGAUAUUAUAUAAAAGAUAUGUGGCAGGGCGCAUUGCUGCCUAGGAAAGCUUUGUUUGUCCCACAAUAAAGGAUUAUCUUGGGAUAAGA